UCCCGCCCCGCCGCUGCGGGCUCGCUGCGUGCCCGCCCGGCCCGGCCGGCUCGCGCACAAUGGAGCUGCGCUGGCUGUGCUGCCUGCCGCUGCUGCUGCCGCUGCUGGCCGGCCUCGAGGAAACACUGAUGGAUUCCACCACUGCAACAGCAGAACUGGGCUGGAUGGUGCAUCCUCCUUCAGGGUGGGAAGAGGUGAGCGGAUACGACGAGAACAUGAACACGAUCCGUACGUACCAGGUGUGCAAUGUCUUUGAGUCCAGUCAGAACAACUGGCUCCGGACCAAGUACAUCCGGAGGAGAGGGGGGCAUCGCAUCCAUGUGGAAAUGAAGUUUUCUGUCCGGGACUGUAGCAGUAUUCCCAACGUUCCCGGAUCUUGCAAGGAGACCUUUAAUCUCUACUACUAUGAGUCAGACUUUGACUCGGCCACCAAGACUUUUCCCAAGUGGAUGGAGAAUCCCUGGAUGAAGGUGGACACCAUUGCAGCCGACGAGAGCUUCUCCCAGGUGGACCUAGGUGGCCGGGUGAUGAAGAUCAACACGGAGGUGCGGAGCUUUGGGCCCGUCUCCAAGAACGGAUUCUAUCUCGCCUUCCAGGACUACGGGGGCUGCAUGUCUCUGAUUGCCGUCAGGGUCUUCUACCGCAAGUGUCCCCGCGUGGUGCAGAACGGGGCAGUGUUUCAGGAGACCCUCUCGGGAGCAGAGAGUACUUCGCUGGUGGCAGCCAGGGGGACGUGCAUCAACAACGCGGAGGAGGUGGACGUCCCCAUUAAGCUGUACUGUAAUGGGGACGGGGAGUGGCUGGUGCCCAUUGGGCGAUGCAUGUGCAAGGCUGGCUACGAGUCGGUGGAGAACGGGACCGUCUGCAGAGGCUGCCCAUCAGGGACGUUCAAGGCAAGCCAAGGGGAUGAAGGAUGUGUCCACUGCCCAAUUAACAGCCGGACGACUUCAGAAGGGGCCACUAAUUGUGUGUGCCGAAACGGCUAUUACCGUGCAGACUCCGACCCUCUCGACAUGCCUUGCACCACCAUCCCGUCUGCCCCCCAGGCUGUGAUCUCCAGCGUAAAUGAGACAUCGCUGAUGCUGGAAUGGACUCCGCCUCGGGACUCGGGGGGCCGCGAGGACCUGGUCUACAACAUCAUCUGCAAGAGCUGUGGCUCGGGGCGUGGAGCCUGCACCCGCUGUGGAGACAACGUCCAGUUCACCCCGCGCCAGCUGGGCCUCACGGAGCCCCGCAUUUACAUCAGUGACCUUCUGGCCCACACCCAGUACACCUUUGAGAUCCAAGCGGUGAAUGGGGUCACCGACCAGAGCCCCUUCUCCCCACAGUUUGCCUCGGUGAACAUCACCACCAACCAAGCUGCUCCUUCUGCUGUGUCCAUCAUGCAUCAGGUUAGCCGCACCGUGGACAGUAUUACCCUCUCAUGGUCUCAACCUGACCAACCCAAUGGAGUCAUCCUAGACUAUGAGCUGCAAUACUAUGAGAAGGACCUGAGUGAAUUAAACGCGACGGCAGUGAAGAGCCUCACCAACACGGUGACCGUGCAGACCCUCAAAGCUGGCACCAUCUACGUUUUCCAGGUGCGGGCACGUACCGUGGCAGGGUACGGUCGCUAUAGCGGGAAGAUGUACUUCCAAACCAUGACUGAAGCUGAGUAUCAGACCAGCAUCCAGGAGAAGCUUCCGCUCAUCAUCGGCUCCUCCGCGGCUGGGCUGGUCUUCCUCAUUGCAGUGGUGGUCAUCAUUAUAGUGUGCAACAGAAGACGGGGUUUCGAGCGGGCCGACUCCGAGUACACCGACAAGCUGCAGCACUAUACCAGUGGCCACAGUACGUACCGCGCACCCGCGCCUGGCCCGGGGGUCCGCUCGCUCUUCGUGACUCCCGGGAUGAAGAUUUAUAUUGACCCCUUCACCUACGAGGAUCCCAAUGAGGCCGUCAGGGAAUUUGCAAAGGAGAUUGACAUCUCUUGUGUCAAAAUUGAGCAAGUGAUCGGAGCAGGGGAGUUCGGGGAGGUGUGCAGUGGGCACCUCAAGCUGCCUGGCAAGAGAGAGAUCUUCGUGGCCAUCAAGACGCUGAAAUCAGGGUACACAGAGAAGCAGAGACGGGACUUCCUGAGUGAAGCCAGCAUCAUGGGGCAGUUCGACCACCCCAACGUCAUCCACCUGGAAGGGGUGGUUACCAAGAGCGCCCCUGUCAUGAUCAUCACCGAGUUCAUGGAGAAUGGCUCGCUGGACUCCUUCCUGCGGCAAAAUGACGGGCAGUUCACGGUGAUCCAGCUGGUGGGUAUGCUGCGAGGCAUUGCCGCGGGCAUGAAGUACCUGGCGGACAUGAACUACGUGCACCGGGACCUGGCGGCACGCAACAUCCUCGUCAACAGCAACCUGGUCUGCAAAGUGUCUGACUUCGGCCUGUCGCGCUUCCUGGAGGACGACACCUCGGACCCCACCUACACCAGUGCCCUGGGUGGGAAGAUCCCAAUACGGUGGACGGCACCUGAAGCCAUUCAGUACAGGAAAUUCACAUCAGCCAGCGACGUGUGGAGCUACGGCAUAGUCAUGUGGGAGGUGAUGUCGUACGGCGAGCGGCCCUACUGGGAUAUGACCAAUCAGGACGUGAUAAAUGCUAUAGAGCAGGAUUACCGGCUCCCCCCUCCCAUGGACUGCCCCAAUGCCUUGCACCAGCUAAUGCUCGACUGCUGGCAGAAGGACCGGAACCAUAGGCCGAAAUUCGGGCAGAUUGUCAACACGUUAGACAAGAUGAUCCGAAACCCCAACAGCCUGAAAGCCAUAGCCCCCGUCUCCUCCGGGAUUAACCUCCCUUUACUUGACCGCACAAUCCCAGAUUACACCAGUUUUAACACGGUGGAUGAAUGGCUGGAUGCCAUCAAGAUGGGCCAGUACAAGGAGAGCUUCGCCAACGCCGGCUUCACCACCUUCGAUGUGGUGUCACAGAUGACCAUGGAGGACAUUCUGCGAGUUGGGGUCACUUUAGCAGGACAUCAGAAGAAAAUCCUGAACAGUAUCCAGGUGAUGCGAGCACAGAUGAACCAGAUCCAGUCUGUGGAGGUUUGACAUUCAUGUCCUCACACUCCUCGUCCUCAAGGCCCCGCUCCCCGUUGCCCCUGUAUGUCCAGGCUCCAGUUCUUGAGUGUUUUGCAUUCACCAGAGACAGGCAGCUGCUCUGAGGAUCACGGCAACAGGAAGAAACGCCCUAAAUAACAAGGAGUCACCAAGAACUACGAAAAUGCAAGCGAUGGAAAAAGGGAACAAAAAAAGACAAAUAUUUUGAAAAAGAAAACUGGAAUAUUUUUAAAUAAUAAUAAAAGCAAUGGCAUUCUUGACAAGGGCUCCAAGAUCCACAAGAGUCUCCAAAGGGAGACCAAAGAGCAGCUUCUUUCAGUUUCUUCUUGCACAAGGCUGCUCCAGCCAGCCCCAGACACCUCUGGAGUAAAGGGACUUUUUCAAGAAGAUGGGGAAAAAAAACCCAGUAAAAGAUGUGGGAAGCACUCUUCCUUUCCCGACGUGGGAGGGUGACUUUGGGGAUGUCCUGAAGCCAGCAAUCCUCCCUGAAAGCCCCCGCGCUGCCCGAGCGACGGGGGAAGGAGAGCUGAGGAGCUCUCUCCAUGCAAUGGACCGACAGCGUCUCAAAAGCGAUGAACUUCAGAGCCGAAUUUUUUUUUUAAGCAGAUAAAGAGAGCUUAGAGGUCUCUUCCCAGCAGCUGAGGAACCUGGGGCCAUCGGGGCUGGGGGCUGGGGAAACCAAUCCUUUUUAUAGCUGUUUCUUUCUCUCGACACAGAACAGUUUGGCGAGGGACACUUUUUCCGAGUGUCUGCCCGUCCAUCCCUCCAACGGCAUCAUUUUCUCAUACAUAUCAUAUGCACAAGACUUUUAGUGAUGUCCUCACUAGUUGCCAAUGACCUUUUCUCAGAAGACUUCCCAAGUACAGUAUGUAGUAGUUUUUGAUUACAAAUGCUGAUGUGUACAGUUAUUUUUUUUUGGUUGUUGUUGUUUGAAGACUUGUCCUUUUACCUUGUUUGUUAACACCAGUCUGUGGGUUUGGGGUCGGAAUAUUUUGGUCGGUCGGUCGGUCGGUCGGUUGGGUUUUUUAUGAAAAGGAAAUGACACUUCCGAGUCUCAUCUCUCUCAAGAACUUGAACCUUCUCCCGGUGGAAGGAGAAGUCCAGCUUCCUGACUCGACACUAUGCCAGGGGAACAAUUUUAUAUGCAUAUUUCCUCCUGUUUGCCUGUUAUUUUGUAAUUUUUCAUUGCCUGACAGAUGUUCCUAAGUGUUGGGCUUCCAGCUAUCCUGCCAAGGGGGAAGAGCAGCCUGGCCUGCUGGGAUCUGCUGCUUUAGGGACCUGUGGAAGGGGAGAAGCCGAGAGCCACGCUGACCUACCAGCUGGGACAGACGAGGGGCCGAUGCAUGGGGCAGUAGUUGCACGCUAGGGACAGCAGCUGGUAGCCAGAGGUGUCCUUGAAAUGAGGUUCCUCAACGCUUGGACUCAAGUAAAGGGCCGGUUGUGAAAUACCCAUUGCGGUAGCUUUGUGGCUGUUCUCUGCGCCCCUCAGACACGUUCUCCCUUCCACGGGGGGGCAUAGGUUCGGGGGGCCAGGCUUCAUUUUUAUCCAGCCACCUUUAGGAGAGUCUUGAAUGGUGAAUGUGAGCAUGCGUCAUACCUGCCGGGCCUGCCCGGGACCAACCACAGCAACUGAAGGGUCAGUCAGCGGAUCGAGAAGCAACUGCAAUAACUGCUUUAGUUACAGGACAAAUGACUAGAUACCACCGGCCAAGUUGUAGGGGAAAGUAUGAGAGAAAAAUCUUGGAUUUGCUCUUCCAGCUCAUCCUCACCCGAAUCCUACUGACUAGGCCUGGCCUGCUCCUUGUGGGCAUGUUGAGUGUCCUCCUGCGUCUCUAGAGCCUCACUUAGCAUUGCCAUGUCAUGUUUAUGGGUACACCUUUUUCAGUGGCACGGGGGCCUUGAAGAUAUGUUCCCAGGGAACUUAAAUUGCUUUAUUUCCCCAUGGCCAACGCCAAGAGGGAAAAGAAUUGGCUGUGGGUAGAAUCCUAAGGCUGAUUUUUUUAGCCCUUUUUGUAGUGACUGCCUGUAAAACAUGGAAAGCCCGGCACAAAAUACGUAAUAUUUUCCUCCUCAGAUUAGACCUGGAGACAAAGCACAGUUGAGAGGUUGAGAGACAACGGGCAGUUUCUUCUGACCUCUUUUCUUAGCACUUGUGCUCUCGAACGUGUUUGCUGCACAGCUACGGCAACAGGUGCCUGAAUUGCAAAGUCUGCCUGUCCAGGGUCCGCUUGCCCAAAAUCCGCAGAGAUGCUGGGUGGGUUUUCUUUUAUGCAAGGUGUUUCCCUGUUAGGACGCGAGCUAACUUCCAAACAUCCACCUGGAAUCAAUGGGAACCUCUGAUUAAUCUGACCGUAGACAGUGGGCUAAAUUCUGCUCUCAGUGACCUCCGUGUAAAUACUGAGCAUCUUCCCUGAACUCAGUAGCCUUUCCACAGUGGCACGGACAGCAGAAUUUGAUCCAGUGUCUGAUGACGAAGGGUGAGAAAUGAGCAAUGGGAGAAGAUCGUAGGCUGUGUCAGCUGGAAGCGGGCCGGGAAGUGUCAGCCUGGUUAGCAUUUUUCCAAAAUACAAUCAGCUGAAGCAUGCUUUAACUUGCCCAGUGUUUAACCAGCCCAGUUCUUGAUUAUGGUCUAGGCUUGAUUUACAGCAAUGGCAUACAAGCGACAGUGAUGCUGACCUUGUCGGCAUCAUAGGCAUGCUGGGAAACUGGGGGCUGCCAUAUGUGCUCUAUACCCAAUAGAAACACAGAGCAACAGAGAGAUUGCAUCUACAGUGCCUCUCUCUCCCAGUUCAGGUGCCAUAUUUUAACAUGGGCUUGUUUUCAGGGGGCAUGUCUACACGUGCAUUUACUGCGCAGUAAAUAACUGUGCAGUAAGCAGUGUUUACACCGGUGUCUACACAUGUGGUCGUUACAGUGCAGUAACGCUAUGUGUGGACUGACUUGGGAUUAAAGUUAGUCCCAAGUCAGUCCACAUAAACAGGGUUACUGCAGCAGUAAGGCAUCUACACGUGCCUUACUGCACAGUCACUACUCAGGUGUACAUUUGCUACCUGCAUCAUGCAGGUAGCAAAUUUACGCCCAAGAUGGCACAAGUCACCAUAGUUACUGCACGGUGUGGACGCACAUGUGUAGGUGCACACCGGUACUGUGCAGUCAUUUUUGGUUAGUGCACAGUAGCCUAAAUUACUACACAGUAACGGUGCACGUGUAGAUGCGCCCCGUGUCACCCAGAGGUACCAUAUGAGGCUGCUUGGUGGCAGACCUAGGGGAAGGAGGUCCAGGUCUAGCCUAAGUUUUAUCACCACAGGCCACUAGUUAUGUAUGCAGAUGGGAAACGUGUGAACGCAGAGCUGCCUCGGUAGAAAACCAACCAGCAAAUUCCUGAGGGGCACCGGGCUGGAAGGGCUUCACACUGCUCUUGUGUUGUCUUUCACAAACAGUCCUGGACUGUCCUCCGCGACCAUGCUUCCAGGAACCCAGCAGAAGUGUCCAUGCUGCAGGCUUCAGAGCCCGUCCUCUUCAGGCAGGGCCCUGAGGGGAACUUGUGGUCAAUUUAAUUUGGAGACCCUUUGUCUUAAUGCACUCAAUCUCCGCACCGGCAGGCUGGCAGGAUCCACCUCCACCUACCUGAGCCAACCCACUGUGAAAGGCUUGUUCAGAGCUGGGGUGGCUGGCAUCGGGUAGGCCUGUGGCAGCCACCCGCAAGGCAGAGAGAAAGGCAUAUCCUCAUUUCUUCCACUGACCAAAAAUCACUUGGUAUCAAUACAAUAAGUGCAUGUUUUCGUGUCUGUUAAUACCUGGCAUCACUGUGACAUCUUACUCGGGACUAAUGGAGAAUUUGACAUACGCCAGAAAACAAACCCGUAUGUUGUGUGUCUCUCCGGUUCUUCUGGAGAACAGGAGACGCCGCUGUCUGAAGUUCCUUGCCUACCUUUGGCCUGUAAAUGCUUCUGGAGCAAGCAUCUGUACCUCAGAGAACAGAGUCGCUGCAAAGACUUUAAGAUGCUCUAUUUCAUGGGUGUAAAACUUCACUUGCAAUGAAAUAUUCUUCUUGUGGCAACAUUCAGCUUCAUACAGAGGGUGGAUCGCAAGAGUCACUUUGUAAUGCUGACACUGUGACCUAACGUUUUGUGUGCGUGUGUGCGUGCGUGUGUGUGUGUGUGCGCGUGCGUGCAUGUGUGCAUGCGUGCACACACUUUUAUGAUUUCACCGUGCUGAUUUUAUUCAGGUCACUUGGUCCUGGUUUUGCUGCUUUGCCCAGCAAAUGAAGCCUAGCUUCCAGACCUGCUGCUCUCCUCCCCUUGUUUCUCACUGUCCAUAGUCCGGCUGCCAUAACACGUCCCAUCAGUAGUGAUGUUGUCUGGCAAGAGAACUGAACUGGAUUCCCAAAGUGAUGUUGAAAAUAGCAAUAAGUCAGGCGAUGCCCAACCCUGAGUGUAAAUACUGCAGUUAGGCAGUCAGGAUGGGAGACAGCAGCGUGGGAGGUCCUGGGGUAAGGGUAGGAGCAUCUCCACUGUUAAUAAGUGUGGCCAGCUGUCCCCUCCAGCCCUGUGCAAAUGUUAGCAGCCAAGAGCUACUCUGGAAUAACAGAAAAAUAAACUCAAGAAGCACAUGCAAGUACAGCGUGGCCUUGAGAAAUAGCUGACCUUCAGCAACAGUGGGGGACACAGAUAGGACCUAGUGCUGGGUUCACCCUGCAGAGGUUCUUCUUUAUGCCUGCUGUCCCAAAGGUAAGAAACCGGGGCAGAUCCUUAGCCUCUUGCAAAUGGACAUAAUCCAUCGAAGUCAGAGAGGUUGUGGGAGCAGUGCUACCUUAUAGCAGCCAAGGAUUUGCUCUGUAGGGCCUGAUUCCUGCAUAGGCUCGAUAUCUAUAUCGUCUCUCGGUCCUGAGCUCUCCCCCAACAACUAGCAACCAGUGACUUGCAGAACUGGUGGACCUCAUACAAGGCUUUCCAGGAGCUAUGUACAUGUUGCCCACAAGGCCAUUGAUUUUUUAAACAGUGGUGUUAGUUAAUUGCUGUGAUGUGAAUGUCAAGGAGAUCAUUCCUCUUCUUCCUUGUACUUACUUGAUAUCAGGCAACCCUGACGUCAUUGGACUGGCUUUGAAUCGGAGCAGCUGUAAGCAAGAGGAUAACUCAUAGUCACCAGCCCAAGCAAAGAAGCAGUGAUCCCUUUGUCACACACAGUGACGCUCCGUGGAAAAGCCACCAGACAAGGUCACACCAGAGCUGUCAUGUCAAGCAUGUGCCAUUCUAGUCACAACUCUGGUUUGACCUCUCUAGACUGAAUAGAGGCAAGGGUUUUUUUGUUCGGCUCUUCUGGGAUCUCUUUUAUUGGACCAACCAUAUAGUUGGGAGACGCGUUUCGAGACGUUUGACGAACUUCCGGGCACAAAGGACCCUUCUGCAGGUCUGAGGAAGAAGCAAGGACAGGUCAAGCUAAAUAAAAAGAACCAUCCUGGGUUACGACGACACUCAACCCCUACUAGCCCGUGAAUGCGGAGUAUGGCAACAGGAAGGAAAUAUCAGUCGGGGGCAUCCCGGACGUUUGGCACUGACACAGCUGAAGGAUGGGAGACGUUUCAUCCAUGCAAGGUGCCCAUCACGAAAAGAAGUGAGCGGGCACUUCACUCCCCACCAACUCCAAUGGAAACCCUGUGUGCCUCUGGAUCUCCCCCCAAGCGACUUGCCCACAGGAUGUCUGUAACAGCCAGAAAUGAAUCUCCUAACCACUGACCAUCCUUCCUCCGGUCUCGGGCUGUCUGGGGCCCGUUCAUGAGGUUCUGCUCAGACGCAGGAUGUGCCCUUCCUCCCCAAACCAAGCAGGCAGGGAUGGGGCACCCGUGGCCUGCCUUGGAAAGAGCGUGUCUUUAUGGAAAGAAGAGGUAUAGGGAGAUCACGGAGAGGGAGAGGGCACUCCUGAGGACAGGGGAGAGUGGGAAUUGCUGGUGCUGUCCUGUACAUCACCUGGAGCCCUAAAGUAGAUCCUGGCGUCCGUGGGGCAGUUCCCUUGUCCUCCGUUACUUAUGCUGCAGUCUCUGAAUGAGCUUCCGCCUUGAUCAGCUGGGAAGGAAGGGGAAGACUGAAGGCAAAGCUGCUGGCAACCAGAACAGCUGCUGGUCCCUGGUGACCAUAAACAAGUGACUUCGGGCUCUAAGCUCCCGCGCUGCCUCCAACUUCUGCCAGUGUCCUGGGGCGUCCGUUGCCUCGCUGUCCUGGGUGCCACCGGAGAGGUGAGCAGGUUUUGUGAGGCCCUGAGCGGGAGUCCAGAGCGGAUAGAGCUUGUUGUGAUCCCAAACACAAAGCAAACAGCCUGGCACAACCACGUCCCCACAGAGAAAUGCGCCGUUUGUCCCAGCCUGCGCACCAGAUGUUUGUGCCUGUCUUGCAAGCGGCACAAGGAAUUGCCCGUGUUUGUGCAGCGGGAAGAGGUUGAUCUCGCCCUGGUCCUACAUGAGCUGAUGCUGCUGCUGUUUCUCCCUACCACCCCUUUUCUUCUGCUCAGCCGCAGCGUGGCCUGGGCAAAGGGCCUAGCUGCGGUGUGGUGCAGCACAGAGCAGGAGAAUCCCCCUAUGGCUGCCGACGACCCCACUCUGCAGGCCAGAUCCAAUGGCUCUGUGGACUGGAUCUGGCCCACUGACCGGAGGUUGCCAGCCCUUGCCCAAGACCUCAGUUGAAUGUCGAGUGAGUUGGCUUGUGUGAUACAGACUCCUUUUCAGUCACACCAGAAGUUGUCUCAUAUUUUUAGUGGGCUUCUGAAAAAUGGGAGAGAGUCAAGUUUAUUUCCGUGUUUCCAGAAAGGCAGCAUUUUGCCCAGAACCCAUAAAGGAGAAGCUGUCCUGGCUAAUGGCACUUUGUACCCAGAGCCGGUCAGCAAAGCCAAGGGAAAUACCUGCUCUUUCCCAGAGACACCCGUUAGUGCAGCAAGACAGCGAGGAAGGGGGAUACGGAUAAGUAUAAGUCUAGCCAGCACAGAAAAGGGUGGUUGAGAGCGCUUCUCUUGCCUGUUAGCAUCGUUCCAUAGGGGACACAGUAAUGCCACCUAUAGCACGCGGGGAAUUUCCCGUGUCCAGAUGGUACCUACCCGUGGUACCUUAACAGAAGAGCUGGUGCUGUUAUUUAGGAACGAGGUGGUGUUGGCACGUGAAAGCUUAUUUUGCUGGUCUCCCAAUUCUCCACUUGACCCUCAAUGUGGUUAACAAAUGUCUGCGUUGCGUCGCAGUGGCUCAUGGCCUCAUGAGUGAAACCCUCCUUGGGAGGAAAUUUGGGGGGGAAUUAGCUGAAUCCUUUGACUGCCAAAAGACACAUGUUAGUAGUCAGUGCUCCAUCCCAUGUUGCACUCGACACUUGCCAUGUGGGUAACCUUGUUAUAUGACGGGUCCAAAGGGUGGCCCCCAUCCUGGUCUCUUGCUGUAUCACCCUGUGCAUUGGCUGUGGUCCUGUAGACAACGUAAUGCUUUUCAUGACAGUAUUUGUAUUUUUUUAAAUGUGAAUGGGGAGAUAGUGUGCAGGUCCUUGUCUCACAGGGAUGCGUGUCUUCCAUUCAGAUCAGGGUUUCCCCUGGUUUCGUCAGACAUCUUUGAGAUGUUCUUGAGAAAAAUAAAUAAAUAAAUAAAGUGAAUCAGAUGUAUUUAUAAGGGAAACAAAAACCUGCUGCUCCAAUGCCUUUGUAGGAGUAUUUUUAACAAAACAUUUUUUCAAAAUAAAUGUGAAUUGUAAAGUUUGAA